AUGUCACCUAGUGCAAAUGAAUCUGAAGAAAUGAUCGUGGGCAUUAGCAACCUGAUAUCUAAUUCUACAACUGGGUUAUGGGAAGAUUUUCCAGUCGGAUCUUAUUCAAUUGUGAGAAAUCCAGUGCUGACUUUUGACCAAAAUAUUAUUUGGCCUGAUGGUGGAACUCAACCUUCUACUGAUAUCAGAAUAAAUUGGCUUAAUUGCCCAUUUUCCUAUAGGCAGAUUCAAGACUCUGACAAAGGGGAAGCUAUAUAUUAUAGUAUCAUUGCAUUUUGGACUGCUUUAGGUUUGGCAACAUCAUUAAUUUAUAUAUCAAAGUAUUGGAGCUUAUCGUUUCCUAUCAUUCAGGAUAAGAGGGAAAUAAAAUUCCGAGAUUGAUUAGCUGUUUUUAGCUUAUUGAUAGAGACCUUACAGCUUUUAGCUUUAAGUCCUGAAUUUAUUCAUUCAAAAAUUUCUAAUGGUUUUGAUUAUAUAUCAGGAAAUUUAGCAAAUACCACAACAUAUUACAGUAAAAUUUUCUGACCAGGAAUUUAUACAGCCUUAAUAGUCUGCUUGGUGAUGCUAAUUUUUAAUCUGUUAUUAAUUUUUAAAAUUGAAGAGAAAAGCAGACUCUCUUUUUUAGUAGUAGCUUGCGGGAUUGCAAAAGAGCUGCUGCCACAUAUUAGCAACUUAUUUUUCAUCUCUGUCAUAAAUUCUCUGUUUUCUCUAUUCAGAUGCACAAAAGGAACAAGCCUGAAUGUCCUUGACUCAUUUUUAUAUGGCGACUGCAAUUAUUUCUGCUGAAAAGAUUUACACUUACUUUUUGCAGUUCUUGCUUUAAUUUCCUUGCCUUUUUUUAUUCCUAGUGCAAUCUUAUGGAGACCUUAUUAUGAAUCUCUUAGCUCUGAUAAAAAUAUUUAUUGCAAUGAGCAUUAUUUAAUCGCAAAAAGCAUCAUUCAAAUAGUUGCGAUUACUUUAAAAUCAACUAUAGGGAAUUACAGUAACUCCUUGUAUAGUCUUUUAUAUAUUUUCUGUCUCACACUUUUUUUAGCUUACUCCAUUUUCUAUAAACCUUACAAUUAUAAUAGAAUGAACUUAUGAGCCCUACUUUCAAUUCUGGCAGUAAUGUGAAGCUCAAUUUUAUCAUCUAUUUAUUCAUUAGCUAACAGCAGCAUCUUUAUAUGAGUACAUUUAUUAAGCUUCGGCUGACUAUGCUUAGCUGUUUUUGGGUAUGCUUUUCAGGAAAGAUUUUAUCCGAACUUUUUGUACUCCGUGCAAGGUAAGGAUAUCAGCUUGUUUUUCAGGUUUGAAUUUUCAACAAAAAUUAAGCCAGAUGAAGUUUCUGAGGCUGUGAAGAAUAAAUAUUCAGUGAUAGACUCCAGCAGUCGAUUUGAUUCAGCUAAUAAGGAUUUGAGUUUUAUAAGUUAG